GCUCUCGUUAAUAUCUGCUCGUCAACCCCCACCCAGCUCAAUGCAGUGUUCUCCCGAAAUGGCUAUCUUCGGGCUGACGCUCAGACGACAAAGUGUGAUAAGCACCCUGCCACACCUCUUCUUACUCGCCUGCAGUCCCCCAUCCAAUAACCUGGAGCCCCGUAAUGUACCGGUACAAUGUGAUGCAAUAUUGGAAUGCUGGUACGGAUCCGUACUCUGGUUAGACCUGCGGCCAACGGGAAUCCUCCACGGCCCUCCUCUGAAAGUGCAGUUUUGGGCGAGGCUCCGUUGAUGAUGAAGAGCUGGGUUAGCCCCCCGCAUAUGCCUGCCCUCUGAGGCUCACGGCCCUAACCAUCCAACUCCCGCAAAGACCCAAACUUGGCAUUCCCGCAACUUCCCCAGCUCUUCGUGCCGCUCUUCAUCUCGUGUGUCUCAGUACAAGUCGUUCACACAAUGUCAGGAAUAGAGAUCUUCGGGGUCAUCCUGGGUUUAUACCCCGUUAUCGUUGAGCUUGCCCAGACCUACAAGAGGAUGAGAGGAAGUGGUUCGGCCGACCUCAACAGGGGCGUUAUCGUCGCUUCAGCGAUGUAUGACGACACUGUCAAAAAGAUUCUUGAAUCUGCUGUUUCACAACAAGAAAUGCAGCGACUUGUCCCCGGUCAAGGACCGAUUGAUCAGCCGCUCUGGCAGGAGCCUGCUCUCCAACGGAAGCUCCUUGCUCGCCUUGGCUCAGAGAAACUCGAUCUAACAAUCGGGUAUUUGUCCCAGAUGAAGACAUCACUAGAUCAAGUGAAAACAGAGCUCACAAACAUGUGUCGGGGCACGGAAGUCCUUGACCGGUUCAGGACAACGAUAAGGAUGACCCUGGCUAAUAUGUCACACUCGGGUAUACGGGAGCGAGUGAAGCAAAUCAGGGCCUUGAACCGCGAGCUCCGUGAGCUGCUGGAUGAUAGGCGCUUUCUCAGAUCCCACCAAGAGUACCGCAAGGAGAGUGCCAUUAGCAUCAACAUCCCGCAGAGCGGCGGCCAUACAGCCCGCAAUUUCUUCGAGGCUAUUAGCGGAACAUAUACCUGCGCCUGCGCAAGGGCACAUGUCAUUGGCCUCGGCUGUUACUGCACUGCCUGUGUUCAGCCCUUCAAAGAGCAAUGUGCCCUUCAUUCGACAGACGAGUGGGAUUUUUGUCUUGCCUUUCCCGUGAGGCCCGAGACCCCAUCUGAUGUCGCCGUGACGGUCCUUCUCGAGUCAAUCCCCGAUAACGACAUAGAUGCAUCGACAAUCCGGAAUAUCUGCUCCCUGAUCAGAGACGUCGCCACGGAAUCCGAGGACCGCCAAGUUCUGAUAGACAUAGCCAACAACGACCGGAUGUACAGGAUGAAGGUGACGAAAAUAGACGCCAGCGACGCCAAGCCCCCGAGCAUCAAGUACUUCGCCGAAUUGAUACAGUCUGGCAACGGCUUGUCGACCAAGGAUCGACUGGAGCUAGCACUUCGACUAAGCUUGGCCAUCGUACAACUCUGCAAGACACCGUGGGUUAGCGAGUCUUGGACGUGGAAUGACGUUUGCGUCAGUCAAGCUGCCGUUGAGGACGGCAAGGACCACGAGGACAACGCACAGAAGAAGGGCAACAACUACAUCAAAUUCCCCGGCAUCUUCAUCCUCCGAGAGAUCUACUCGGUCACAUACAAAGGAGACAGGGCGUCAGAGUUGACUGCUGUCAACGUUCCCCGAAUAAUGGCCGAUGUCCUCGACGAAGAACCGGUUCUGACCAAGCUCGGCCUCGCGCUGAUCGAGCUGGCUAUUGGGAAGUCCAUCCAGGAGAUGAAGGAGGAAUAUGGGCUGGACGCCACGGUUGAGGACGAAUUUGCCAACAUCUGCUUGGCCAGAAUGCUAUUGAAGAAUGGGAAGAUCUGCAACGAAGCGAGCGCCGUGUACGAAAGCGUGGUGAAAGUUUGCAUUGGACGGCGAUACAUCGACAUGGAGGGGCAGCCCAGGAGUCUUUUGUCGCAGCACGAGUCAUUUCUUUCAAGCUUCAGAGAGGCAAUAAUUCUACCCCUAUUUGAGGUGUGGAAGAGGUAUGACCUGUGAACCAUAUAGUGGGGUAAAACGGGUUACGACGAUACACGUAGGUAGGUAGGUAGAUAAGUAGGAAGGUAGCUAGGUAGGGAGGUAGGUAGUUUAGCAGAUGUAAACAACAACCCAGG